AUGCUUACCCGCCGCACAUUUUCCACCAGUUUUUGCCUGGCAAAAGGACCGCGAAACUAUGUGAAUCGAAAAACUGGAAGAGGAUGCGGAAAUGCGGUUUUGCCGAGAUUUGAGUGGAGAUAUGAUAAGGUUUUUGAAUUCGGGAUGGGAUUUGGAGCAUUUUGAGUAUAAUAUGAGCAAUGGUCGUGUAAUUUGGAGCAUUUUGAGACUAAAAAUGGGGAAAUUCUGAAUUUGCUCAUAUUUGGGGUCAAAAUGCAUCAAAUUUUAAGAAAUAUCGAUUUUUCAUGAGAUUUGGAGCAUUUUGAAUAUAAUAUGAGCAAUGGUCGUGAAAUUUGGAGCCUAAAUUUGAAGAAAACCUAAGAUUGCUCAUAUUUGAACUCAAAAUGCUCCAAAUUUCCUGAAAAAUCCAAAUUUUUCCAGGCAAUCGGAAAAAAUUUCCAAAAAUCGAUGGGAAUUCGAUUCGGAAUCGAUAUGGGACUGGAAGAUCGGAUACUUUUGACAUCGGUGGCGAAUAAGCAAAGAAGGCUGGAUGAUAAGAAAAUGGUGCAAUUGGGUGAGCUUUUUGGGGCCGAAAUUUGAAAAUUUCGUGAAAUUUGGAGCAUUUUGGGCCUAAAAAUGAGCAAUUUUGUGUUUCCUUCAAAUUUAGGCUCAAAUGCUCUAAUUUUCACAACGAUUGCUCAUAUUAUAUUCAAAAAGCUGAAAAUCUCAUGAAAAAACGAUGUUUCAUGUAAAAAUUUGAAAAAUUCAUGAAAUUUGGAGCAUUUUGAGCCUGGAUAUGAAAAAUUGAAGUUUUUUGACCCAAAACCACUUCCCCAUCGUAUUUGGGCUCAAAAUGCUCCAUUUUUCGCGCAAAAAUUCAUGCCACGUGUCAAAACUUACCCUAAGUCCAAUAUUAUUCCCAGGUAAAAUCAUGGAACAACACGUUUCGGAUGUGAUUUCCACCGACGAAACGCUGGCAAAUCUGAAAAUUCAAAUUUCAAAAGUCAAACUCGACCGCGCGUUUUCGAAUUUGGAAAUUUUCUGGAUGUGUUUUGAUGGCGGCGAACGAGAUGAGCAAACUAGAAACAUUUUGGAGUCGGCCAAGUUUUCGAUUCGGAAGAGGAUUCAGGAGGCGGUCGGAUUCACGUGUCCCGAGCUGAAAUUUGUUGGUAAGAGUUUUUUUUUCGAAAAAAAUCACUGAAAAUGAAUUUUUUACGCAAAAAUUUGACUCAGAAUCGGAUUUUCCAAGACUAGACUAUAGUUUAGACAUGAACGGCCAGAAAAUUCGAUUUUUGAACAAAAACUAUAGUCUAGUCUGUUUUUGAUUAACAGCAAAACUAGACUAUAGUUGCUUCUAGACCUUUUUUCAAGAUUUUGGAGCAAAAAUCACAAAAUUCAAUAGACUAGACUAUAGUUCACACAUGAACCACUUUUUUAAAUAGAAAAUUCGAUUUUUGAGUAAACUAUAGUCUAGUCUAUUUUUCAUUAACAGCAAAACUAGACUAUAGUUGCUUCCAGUCGAAAUUUUUAAGUUUUUCAGAAAAAAAAACGUGUUUCUAGGUUAACUAGACUAGACUAUAGUUUGAACACGAAAAUCUAUCUUUCAAAUGUGUUUUUUCAGGUUUAUACACCUUUUUUUCAAUAUUUUAGAGCAAAAAUCACAAAAUUUAAUAGACUAGACUAUAGUUUAGACAUGUUCGAUUGUUGAAACUUCUAUUUUUGAGUAAACUAUAGUCUAGUCAAUUUUUUAUUAACAGAAAAAAAACCACCAAUUUUUUAUUAACAGAAAAAACCACUAGACUAGACUAUAGUUUGAACACGGAAAUCUAUCUUCCAAAUGUGUUUUUCUAGGUUUCUAGACCUUUUUUCAAGAUUUUGGAGCAAAAAUUAAAAAAUAAAUAGACUAGACUAUAGUUUGUCUGAAAUUUUGUCUGAAAAAUCUGAAAUUUCGUAAUUUUUUUCGAAAAAAAACGGUUUUCUUAGAUUUUUACUGAAAAAAAUGUAUUGUUUUUUGAAUUUUGUACAACAAAUUUUUGAUUUUCAGUCAAAAAUAAAUUUUCAGCAAAAAAUUCAGAACAUUUUUUAAUUAGGAAUUCCAGCUGAAAUUGUAUUUUUGACUGAAAAUCGAAAUUUUGUUUUUAAUUAAAAAAACGCUAAAAAUUUGGAAAAAUCUUGAAAUUUUUCAAAUUUCCUCAUUUUUGCCACGUCAUAGCUCAAAAAUUGGCCAAAUUUCGUGAAAUUUCAGCCGACAAAACGCAUCUAAUGGAAGCCGAAAUGGACCGAAUUUUCGAAAAAGCCGAUUAUGGACAAGACUAUCGAAGUUUGAGCAAAACCGCCAGGAUUCUUGGAAACAUCGAGAAAAAAUCGGAAAAUUCAGAAAAAUCAGCUGAAAAAAUUCCGCCGUGGCUAGAAGCGAUCAGAAAUAAUAAGAAGAAAACUAUAGUCUAG